UUGUAAUUGUGUACAUUUUGUUUCAAUAGACCUUAUUAAAAAUAUUGGUGUCUUCGAACGAAUUAUGGGUUAUUUUGGUAACGUAAGCCUUAUUUUAGGCGUUCGUAGAUUGUUUUACGCGGUUUCUCCGAACGAAACAUCAUUUGAGAAGUUGGAGGACGUGCCCGAUUACCUGAAUGAGGCAGUCCCAUUCUUCAACGGUGCUAUUUUGUUGGAGUUCCUCAUAUGCUGGUUAAAAGGUGUUGAAACAUUUCGACUGAAUGAUGGAUUAAGUUCAGUCACUGCUGGUAUAUUUCUACAGUUAUCCAAGUUUGUGCUGAUUUCCCUGGAACUUGUUAGCCAUUCCUGGAUUUACGAGCACUACAGACUGGUUACCUUGCCCUGGAACUCACCAUGGACAUGGUUCAUUGCUUUUUUAACUAUUGACUUCAUGUAUUACUGGUUUCAUCGUGCCUGCCAUGAGGUCAAUAUCAUGUGGUCAGCUCACCAAGUUCAUCACAGCGCUGAAGAUUACAACUUAACCACAGCAUUAAGACAGAGUUUUUUUCAGCGCCACUUCAGCAUGCUUCUGUAUUUUCCCUCAGCACUUUUCAUUCCACCAUCAGUACAUUUUGUCCAUGUCCAGUUUAAUUUGCUCUAUCAGUUCUGGAUUCAUACUGAGUUAAUCAAGUCUCUUGGUGUACUGGAAUAUAUUUUCAAUUGCCCAAGUCAUCACAGAGUUCAUCAUGGACGUAACCCGUACUGCAUUGACAAGAAUUAUGGUGGAACCCUAAUCAUAUUUGACCGUCUAUUUGGAACCUUCCAAGAUGAGACUGAUGAAAAGGUUGUGUACGGUUUGGUACACCAAGUCAAUUCAUGGAAUCCUAUUUGGAUACAGAUAUGUCAUUUGGUUCACAUUGCUAAAACAUUUUGGAACACGGAGGGGUUCAUGAACAAGAUUUUUGUGUUGAUAAAAGGUCCCGGGUGGUCUCCUGGCAAACCUCGUCUUGGUGAUCCUGCUGAUAUUCCUCAGGUUGAAUAUCCAGUUUCAAAAUACGACAAGGGCUUGCCACUUUGGGGAAAUAUUUAUAUCAUAAUACACAGUGUUAUUUUCUCGAUAACUUUUCAAGAAUUGUUUAUGAAACGUAUGACCCUUUGCCAAACAAACAUUUUAUGUGUGGUACUUUUCCUUCUUGCAUCUGGUACAUGUUUCGGUUUGCUCAUGGACAAUAAAUGGUACUCUCCGCAUCUGGAGUUGAUUCGAUGUGUUGUGUUUCUUGUGAUUGACUACCAACUGUCUUUGUAUCAGAAACACAUCGAAGUGGUGCCACCGCCUUUGCUGGGGAUAACUCGCAUGAUAUACGCAACGUCAGCAAUAAUAUGGCUUUUGCUGUGUUUGCGUUCUGAGAAGAUCCUGGAGAAAGAAGAUUAGUUCAUACUGGACUUCAGAGCGAAUGCUUACCCUGCUUUAACAUGCUUUUUUUUUAUUAGUGUAAAUAAGCAAAACAAACUGUAGACUGCAUAGAAUAGAAGUUGCAAAUUGCGCUUUUCAAAUUUGUGCCCCUAAGUAAGUCGUCAUAAGUCAUAACGUGUUUAGUCAGAAAAAUGAUCGAGGAUUGUAUUUCAUAAACUGUGAUUAGGGUUUUGACCGUUGGGAACUAUGUAAUCCAAACAUUGACAUUGUAAGUUUUGUAAGUUGUAACUGUUUAGUGUCCAAAUUGAAGUAAUAUAUAAAAUGGCUUUUCAGUUCUCCAAAUC